AUGACUGCCAAUACUAAAUAUUCUUUAAAAUGUGCCCUAGCUAUUAUAAUGAUUUUUUCUGCAAUACAAUGUGUUAGUUCAGAUGAUGAUGAUGAUGAUGAUAAUGAUGUAUUUGUUGAAGUGGAACAGAGUAAAUCAGAACCAAAUGUAGAUUACACUAGUCCUAUUCCUUCAGGUGAUUUCCACUUAGCUGAAAAUUUUGAUGAUAUUAGUUCGUUUCAAAAGAAGUGGGUACCUUCUCAAGCUAAAAAAGAAGGUAUUGAUGAGGAAUUAGCAAAAUAUGAUGGGGUAUGGUCUGUUGAAAGUCCUCAAAGGGAUGGUUUUAAAUCAGAUUUAGGAUUAGUGCUAAAAUCAAAAGCCAAGCAUGCUGCCAUAGCAUCUAAGUUAGAUAAACCAUUUUAUUUUACCGAAAAACCUCUAGUUGUUCAGUAUGAAGUAAAUUUUCAAGAAGGUCAAGAAUGUGGUGGUGCAUAUUUGAAAUUAUUAUCACAUACAAAAGAAACUCAGGAUCUAAAACAGUUUUACGAUAAAAGUCCUUACACUAUUAUGUUUGGACCAGAUAAAUGUGGAAAUGACUAUAAACUUCAUUUUAUAUUCAGACAUAAAAAUCCCAAUAAUGGAACAUAUGAAGAAAAGCAUUGCAAGAAACCAAAAGAACGAAUAAAUGAAGCUUUUGAAGAUAAAAAACCUCAUUUAUAUACACUAAUUGUUAAUCCGGACAAUACUUUUUUAAUAAAAGUAGAUCAUAAGAUUGUGAAUGAAGGCAACUUAUUGGAAGAUUUCGUACCACCGGUUAAUCCAGAAUCCGAAAUAGAUGAUCCAAAUGAUGUUAAACCCAAAAAUUGGGAUGAGCGAGAAAAGAUUCCCGACCCGGAAGCACAGAAACCCGAUGAUUGGGAUGAAAGUGCACCAGCAAAAAUCAUUGAUUCUUCUGCUGUUAAACCUAGUGAUUGGUUAGAUAAUGAACCUCUGAUGAUUCCUGAUCCAGAUGCCGAAAAACCUGACGAUUGGGAUGCUGAUAUGGAUGGUGAAUGGGAAGCGCCUUUAGUCGAAAAUCCUCGUUGCGAUGGAGUGAGUGGAUGUGGGCCUUGGUCACCUCCUCUUAUAGACAAUCCGGCAUACAAAGGCAAAUGGAAGCCUCCGAUGAUAGAAAAUCCUAAUUACCAGGGAAAAUGGACUCCCCGGAAAAUACCUAAUCCUCACUAUUUUAUGGAUCCACUUCCGUUUAAGAUGACGCCCAUUUCUGCAGUCGGUUUUGAAUUAUGGUCUAUGUCUUCAUCGAUAUUAUUUGACAACAUAUUGAUAACCGAUUCAGUUGAUGUAGCAUUGGAUUACGCUUCGAAAUCAUAUGAUCUAAAAAAGAAAAAAAUUGAUGAAGAUGCCGAAAGCCUUUUCAUUAGAAUUUUAAAAUAUUCCAAUGAGAGACCUUACUUGUAUGCUGUUUAUAUCGUUGCUGUAGGACUCCCUAUUGCUCUUCUUUUUGUUUUCUGCUGUGGAUCUACCAAAGAGGAAAAAUCUGAAACACAAAUGAACGCUGAUCCUAAAAAGACUGAUGCUCUUACACCAGAUGAUCAACCAACACCACCACCUAAAGCAAAGAAUCAAUUGGACAUUCCCGAAGACAAUGUUGAGGUAGAAGAAGAAGAAGAAGAAGAAGAGGAAGAGGAAGAGGAAGAAGAAGAUGAUGAUGAUGAUAAUGAUGAUGACGUCGAGGAAAAAGAGGAAAUUUCUACAGUACACGAAAAAGAAGAUGUUAAAAAAACUGAAUCCGGACAAGGGGAUGUACCCUCUUUGAAAAAAAGAAAACCUCUUAAAGAGUAA